AUGUUGCCUUUCGGAGCUCGCCCGGGAAACCUGCGCCAGUCCCAUGGCCUACCCUCUGCAGAUACGAAUGGUACGGAUUCUGAUGGGUCGGAUGAGUGUAUCCCAGAUCUAGGACCUCAAGUGUUUAAUCCCACCUUGGUGGAUGUACUCAAUGUUCGGCAUGUGUUGCAAUGGAAACUCCCACGCGGUCUUCCCGAGGAGCUUGUCGAUAUGAUCGUUGAUGCUGCAGAAUAUUGGCCCUCGAUAGAGCAGAAAAUGCAAGACCAGCGGGUCGUUCACAAAGACUGUGAUCAAGUUUUGCUGAAGACAGUUCCCUUCUGCUAUGACCGGAAUAGCUUAGAGCAAGAGCCGGGUCCUACUCCCUUGCCCCAUCGUGGAGCACACCCAUGUCGCAAGAUAGUCUUCGAUAUUUCAUCUCGCGACCAAGGCGGCGGGCGACGCCACGACAACAUGUAUGAGUUUUCAUGGACUUGGUUUGACGUCGAAAUUAUUCACGGUGCCCAUAUGAGGAACAUGUACGUCAACGGAACUGAGCAAGAGAUUCUCGACAAUGAGCGUGGACAAGUCCGAAAACACUAUACCGAGGCAGAUGCGUUGCUGUUGCCGGGUAAUAACAAAUUGCAAGCCAAUGGAGCCCGGGUGAGCGAUAUGCAGCACAAUAAGAUUGUUUGGGAUCAUCGAGACGAUAUCCAGGCAGACUCGCUCGCGGCAUUUGAGAUUGAGAAGACUCUGGGUCGUGGCCGGCUUACUCUUGAUGGACAUGGAGUGCGUGAGUUGGAGGUUGGCGAUUCGAUUGCUAUUUGGGCCCGGUCAAGGUUUCCCGGCUGGUCAAAUCACGUUGAUCGAGCGAGCGUGAGGAUAUACUGGGCUGUAUGA